AUGAGCCAGAGUCUGUCGUCCUUGGGGAGGCUUGUGGCGUUGUGCACCUCACUUUCCAGUCAGGACUGCAGAAGGGGACAAAGUGGAGCAAAUGGGGACAGCAGCACUGACAACUCCAACACCGCAGGUGUUCCUCUGGUGAGGAAGCUGUGCUAUGCAGUGGGAGGCGUCCCCUAUCAGAUGACUAACGUGGCCAUCGGCUUCUGCCUACAGAUCUUCCUGCUCGAUGUGGUGAGGAUGGAGGCCUUCUUUGUGUCUCUGAUCCUGUUCCUGAGUCGGGCGUGGGAUGCUGUCACUGACCCCCUGGUGGGGUACCUGGUGAGCAGGACCCCCCACACCCGCAUUGGCAAGCUGCUCCCAUGGAUGGUGGUGUCCACCCCUCUGGGUAUCCUGUCCUAUGUGCUGCUGUGGCUGGUCCCCAGUGGCUCCCCUUCCCUGACCCUCAGCGUGCCCUGGUACCUGCUCACCAGCUUCAUGUUCGAGACCUUCAUGAGUUGCUACCAUGUGCCCUACACCUCCCUCAGCAUGUUCCUGGGUGGACACCAGCGAGACAGAGACUCUGCCACAGCCUACCGGAUGUGUGUGGAGAUGGUGUCCAUGCUGCUGAGCUCUGUGGUGCAGGGCCAGGUGCUGAAGGUGUUCCAUGCGGAGAGGGACCACGCCUGCCUCAGUGAGGAGCACACCACCAUGGGGGAUGCCCACAGCACCCCGCCACCCCUACACCCACCGCUACCCAACACGAAGAAGGCCUUCAUGACCUCUGCGCUGGUUCUGGGAGGAAUCUACUUCCUGUGCAGCUUGACUCUCUUCCUGGGAGUGAGGGAACAGCACGUUCCCGUCCACACUGAGGAAGAGAAGCAUCAGCCAUAUUUGUCCAGUCUGAAGAUGGUUGUGCGCCACACCCCCUACAUACGACUGGUCCUCGGCUUUCUCUUCUCCUCUCUUGCCUUUCAGAUGUCGUUGGGCAACUUUGCUCUGUACUGCACGCAUGCGUCAGGACUCGGGGCCCAGUUUCAAUACAUCAUCCUGGUGCUACUGAUAGCAGCAGCUUUGUCGGUGCCCCUGUGGCAGUUCCUCCUGCUGAGAGUGGGCAAGAGGAUCGCCCUCCUCAUCGGACUACCUCUGUUCAUCCCUGCGGUGGUGGUGCUGGUGUGUGUGCAGAGUAACCUGGCCGUCUACAUGGCCAUGAGCGUCCUGUGUGGAAGCAGCCUAGCCACACUCUUCCUGCUACCCUGGUCCAUGCUGCCUGAUGUGGUGGAUGACUUCGUCCAUAGGAACCCCUGCUGCAGGGAGAUGGAGCCUCUCUUCUUCUCCAGCUAUGUCUUCUGCAAUAAGCUGGGAGGAGGCCUCUCCAUCGGCGUCUCCACCCUCGUCCUGCAUUUUGCAGGCUACAAGGCUGGUGCGUGCAGCCAUGGUGAGGGGGUGGUGACGGCGCUACAGGUCCUGUUUGCUCCCGUGCCCAUCGGCCUGUUGCUGCUGGGCCUGCUGUUCUUCUACCUCUACCCCAUAGACGAGAAACAGCAGCAUCAGGACCGCAAUCACAACCACCAGGAGCAAGAACGGGAGCAGGCAAUUGCGGAGGCUCUCACCUCUUCCACAGAGGUGGACCUGCAGAGUGCAGCAGGAGGUAGCCUGACCUUCAGUGCAUCACCAGGACACCCUCAUGCCAGUAAAAUAGGUCAAAGGUCAAGGUCAAACCAGGGACACUCGUCACACCCAGCGUCCAAAGCAUCCUCCCAGAACUCAAGACCUGGUUCAUCUCUCCACCCCCACCCAGGGAGACAAGCCUGCACUGAUCCUCUGAUCCCUCAACAGAGUCGGGAGAGAGCCAGGCUGACCUCUCAGAACCCAAGACCUGGUUCAUCUCUCCACCCCCACCCAGGGAGACAAGCCUGCACUGAUCCUCUGAUCCCUCAACAGAGUCGGGAGAGAGCCAGGCUGACCUCUCAGAACCCAAGACCUGGUUCAUCUCUCCACCCCCACCCAGGGAGACAAGCCUGCACUGAUCCUCUGAUCCCUCAACAGAGUCGGGAGAGAACCAGGCUGACCUCUCAGAACCCAAGACCUGGUUCAUCUCAACACCCCCACCCAGGGAGACAAGACCACACAAAACCCCUGAAUCGCCAGCAGAGGCAGGAGGGGCCCAGGCCCAGCAGCUCUCAGCAGAGGCAGGAGGGGCCCAGGCCCAGCAGCUCUCAGCAGAGGCAUGGCAGAGUGUCAUCCAGACAUGGGUCAUCAUCACCGCCACAUCCAGACAGACUUCACUUAGAUGAUGAUGAUGACUCUUCUGUAGGCUGGGCUAAGGUGACCUGGGUGUAGAUGUUGGACCACCACAUGUUGCUAGUUCCAGGAUUUGCUUGGAGAAGGUCAAUAGACUGAAACAUUGCAAGUAAUGGAAAUGUGAACAGUGUACCGGGGCUUUCUUGUCUCAGACCAUAUAUUGACAUUGCACUUAACUGACCAUAUAUUGCUAUCAGUCUAUGACUUCAGAAUGGUUCCCUUCAAGUUGGAGCAAAGUCAUGGCCCUUUCGGGAUUGUGACGAUCAGAUACACUUAAAACAGAUAAUUGAUAAAGGAGGUCAUGAGGAGCUGCAUUGACCGACCAUUGGGACUUCAGAAUGAGUGGAGUUCAAUGGAGACAUUUUACAAAGUCACACACAUUUAAAAGACCAGAAUUGAUGCCACUUUGUUGCAUUGGUGACGUGUAGAAUAAUUUAUCUUGGUUACCAUACUGAGAAUUGUCGCUUUAAAGUCUGAACAGUUUGUUGAACCUUGUAUAGAGCCGUGAAAUAAAAUUCACAUGUUGAAUGCAAAGCCCUGGAGAGCGAUGAUUAUAUCACGGAUAAUGAAACACUUCACUGUAAAAUCAUCCUUUUUGACUGCAUCUGGACCUUUGAAUGCAACGGUCUCAGCACUAGGGCUUGUAAAUUAUAGUCACAGUCAACAGAAGCAGGCUUGAUCAGAAUUCUAAAUACGGUAGGUGCCACGUGGGAAUACCAACAAGACAUGAAAAGCUAUGUCCCAUACAAUAGCCUAUGUUCCUUGACUGUUUGUUUGAUGUGGUAAAGCAGAGAAUGUCUUUUGAUCUGGAGCAUGCAAGCAGACAGUUAAGGAACUAAGGUGAACUGAAAACACACAAUGAAAGCAUCUGCCUCAUCCAAUCAAACCGUCCCUCCACCAAUCAAAGCAUCAGCCUCUGCUGAUUGACAUCUGUCUCUACCAAUUAACAUGUGCGAAUAGAGUAACUUCCUUUUCACACAGUGAAAAUGUAUUAGCAGAGAAUCUUAUAUGAGAGAGAGAUAGUUCAGGCUCGUUCUUUUCCGGUAUCCAUGUGAUGUCGGGUGAACACCCCUUUAGGAGACCUUUGGUUAGGAGACCUUGGGGUUGAGAAUAGUCCCCUUAGCGCUGUAGAUGGCUGUAGCGCACAUCUUAUGAAAACACCACAAAAAGAGAAGAAGAAGGAGGGACAACGCCCCCUUAGGUGACCGUUCUUUGACCGAAUUUGAGCACACUCCUUUGCAUUGGAUGGGCGGAGUUUGACAUAUCUUUCUCUCCCAUACGAUGUUUGGUAUUAGGUUGGUGGGUAGAAGGUUUGCAUUCUGUAUACUGUAUUCUGUAGAUAAGAAUACCAUGCACAGUGUCCAUAUGCUUGGUUGAGAAAGGCUUUUAUUUUUCAUUCUCAUUUUGAAGUACAUUGAAUAAACGUUAUUUUCCAUAA